CCCCGGGUUGGGAGUGCCCGCUCUGGAAUCUCUGCCGCCGUCUGGGGGCUGAGGCAGCGCGGGCACGCGUGCGCAGUGCGCGGGUGGGCCGUCGUGGGCGCCGCUCCCGGCAGCUCGGUGCCUGUGGGACCAGGGGCCGCGGCGGCGCCGGUGCUCCGGGGCGAGGGCCGCCGUGAAGUUCGGCGUGAGGAGCGCGGCCGCGCCGGGGCGGGGUGAGCGGGGCCGGGCUCCGGGAGCGCGGCGCCGGCUGAAGCGAGCUGGGAGGCUCGAGGGACCGGCGGGCGCUGUGUAAUGUUCAAGCACAGAAAUGCCUUAUGUGGAUCGUCAGAAUCGCAUUUGUGGUUUUCUAGACAUUGAAGAAAAUGAAAACAGUGGGAAAUUUCUUCGGAGGUACUUCAUACUGGAUACCAGAGAAGAUAGUUUUGUAUGGUACAUGGAUAAUCCACAGAACCUGCCUUCUGGAUCAUCACGUGUUGGAGCCAUUAAACUUACCUACAUUUCAAAGGUUAGCGAUGCAACUAAGCUAAGGCCAAAGGCUGAGUUCUGUUUUGUUAUGAAUGCAGGGAUGAGGAAAUAUUUCCUACAAGCCAAUGAUCAGCAGGACCUAGUAGAAUGGGUAAAUGUGUUGAACAAAGCUAUAAAAAUUACAGUACCAAAGCAGUCAGACUCACAACCUCAUUCUGAUAACCCAAGUCGCCAAGGUGAAUGUGGAAAGAAGCAAGUGUCUUACAGAACUGACAUUGUUGGUGGUGUGCCCAUCAUUACCCCAACUCAGAAAGAAGAAGUAAAUGAAGGUGGUGAAAGUAUUGACAGAAAUAAUUUGAAGCGGUCACAAAGCCAUCUUCCUUACUUUACUCCUAAACCGUCUUCAGAUAGUGCAGUUAUCAAAGCUGGAUAUUGUGUAAAACAAGGAGCAGUGAUGAAAAACUGGAAGAGAAGAUAUUUUCAAUUGGAUGAAAACACAAUAGGCUACUUCAAAUCUGAACUGGAAAAGGAACCUCUCCGUGUAAUACCACUUAAAGAGGUUCAUAAAGUCCAGGAAUGUAAGCAAAGUGACAUAAUGAUGAGAGACAACCUCUUUGAAAUUGUAACAUCGUCUCGAACUUUCUAUGUGCAGGCUGAUAGCCCUGAAGAGAUGCACAGUUGGAUUAAAGCAGUCUCUGGUGCCAUUGUAGCACAGCGGGGACCUGGCAGAUCAGCGUCUUCUAUGCGGCAGGCCAGAAGGCUGUCGAAUCCUUGUAUACAGAGGUAUACGUCCAGAACUGGGGAAUGCAGCACGAGCGUUCCCGCUGUCCUUCCGAACCCAGACACGCGCUCCUCUCUGCCAGCGCCACAGCAGCCACCCCGCGACCCACAGCCUCUCGCAGCGACUCUCUGGUCUCAAGCUUUACCAUGGAGAAGCGAGGAUUUUACGAAUCUCUUGCCAAGGUCAAGCCAGGGAACUUCAAGGUCCAGACUGUCUCUCCAAGAGAACCAGCUACCAAAGUGACUGAACAAGCUCUGCUAAAACCUCAAAGUAAAAAUGGCCCUCAGGAACAAGAUUGUGACCCCGUGGACUUGGAUGACGCAAGCCUUCCAGUCAGUGAUGUGUGAGAUGGAAGCACGUGGAGCCUGACCCGCCUCAUCCGCCCUCAGUGUCCUUUCAAGAGGCUUCUCGCCAAAGAUGAUAAAGGGGAAAGGGGCUUUAAUGCAUAUAGUAUACUGCCUCAUCGAUGUUCUCUUUAUAAGCUGGUAAGCCAAGAAGCUAGGGCAUGGCCAAACUAAAUGCAAUUUCUUUAAAAAAAAAAAAAAAAGAAAAAGAAAAAAGCCCUAAGUAUCUAAGUAUCAGCUGUCUGAAGCUUUGUUCUCAUUGGGAUGAUAAAAGUGUAUGUGUGAUAUUUUUUCCAAGUGAAUUUGACAAUUUAAAUGUUUCACAAUUUAAAACAUGAAAAAUGCUUAUUAAUUAUUUUGGUUGUUUUAAAAAUGCUACUGUGACUUCCAAUUAAAUGUUCAAUCUCUACACAUUCUUACCAGUUAAUAUUGUUGAAUGAAAUAUUGCCAGACAAAAAUAUCUAAACUCAUGACGUCUGUGGUGCUGUAAAAUUUAUAGUACAGUGUGGACAGUUUUGAAAUGAUAGCCAUUUUUGAUGCUCUGGAUCUCAUGGUGAGUGGUGAGUUUUGCAUAGAGGAUAUUAUUGGACUGUUAGUGAGGGUCGUGUGUUGUACUGGGGUGGGGAAAAGGGGAGAGUUAGAAUUCAAACAGCCUAUCUCGGACAUUUAUUUGUAAAAGCUUAAUCAAGACGUGCAGCAGUCAUUGCUUUAUUCAGUGAAAAUUAUUAGAUAUGAAAUUUCUUGGAGAUCUGAUUUUCUUGUCAGAGUUUUGUAAAAUAGUUCUUAUUUCUAUAUUUGGAUCAGUGAAAGACCUCAAGUUUAUGUGUAAAGACAUACUGCCCUUAGUCAUGUGAUUGUAACCUCUGUGUUUUGUCACUAAUAACCUGUAUUCAAGUGCCUGUGUUUUUUCAUCUUGUUUAGGAAUAUUUUGAGAUUAAUGUGCUCAAAACUCCUACAUGAUUGGUUUUAAACAAUUAGGAUAAAAUUAAUUUUCAGUAGCAUAAGUUAAUGUGCUAAAUAACAUACCAUUUUGUGUUAGAGAUACCAGAAUGUUGUUGUUCUACUAUCUGUGCAAUAUAUGUUUUAAAACACAUAUUUGACUUUACAUUUAAUCAUGGGAAUAUCAUAAAUAUAAGCACCUCUCUAAAAUAUCGUUAGUUUCAGGUGUUAAUAGACCAGUUUGACCAAGUACUGUUUUUACGGUUCAGUCUUAAACAUUUGCUUUAAGAAAAUAGUCUUGAAUUUCACAUGCUGCUAUUUUUAUGAUAUUUUGCCGUAUUACAGUACUGUUUUGUUUUGAAUUCAUAAAUGUCACUGUUUCUCCUUUUCAUUUUCUAAGAUGACUUCUUGUUUGAGAAAGAGAGGGGAGGGUGGAUUUCUUAUUACAGUGGUGGGGUCCAGAGGUUACUAUCUAUUAUACUAGAAUUAUCAUAGCAUCACUUUAAAAGUCCGAAUGCAUCAAGAAUGCACCACUCAACAUUUUUAUUCAUAAGCUAAUAUUUUUAGAAGUUAUAUUUAGGUUUUUCCUUUUUUGCAGCUACAUUUGAGAAUGAUAGAAUGAAAAGGUUUUAAGUAGUUAUCACUUUCUCUGCAGAUAUAUCCAUUACAGCAGCUCUUUUAGAAAGCUCUUUUUUCAUGAACACACCUAAGAAAUCUUGUGUAGACAGUUGGCUAUUUCAGGAGCCUAAUGCUGUUUUCUUUGGUACAGCUUCUACAUUGCAUGUUCAUUUUAAUAUUUUGGUAUUGGUAAUUUGAUAUAUUCCAUAGUGGCAAAAUAUUAGCUCUAUUUUGGGACUUUUUAUAGAACUACCCUUGUAUAGAAUAGCAUAGGGAAAUGGUCUUGUGAUUGUCAGAGUCUCCUAAUAUUUAUCUCAAUACUUUUAUAAUUCUAUGAAAAUUAUUUAAUUAUUUUAAAACUUAUACUUUUCCUGUAAAUAUGUCCCAUCUGAAUUGUCAAAGAAUUACUUUGAAUACCUUAAUAUUUGCUGCAUUUUUUUCUGUAUAUAUAACAUGUCUUCUUUCAGAAUGAGAAUAUAUGUGUGCUUCCCAUUGUUUACUUUUAUGUCUGAUAUCUUUAUACAUCAAACUGGUUGAACACUGUAAUGACUUGAGAAUAAACUGCUCAAAAUUAAUUCUAACUUA